UGGCCAAUCAACAUUACAUCGCUGAUCAACAGCAUUGCCAAAUAAAAAUGGACAGCUUGGAUAUUUAAACGUUUUAACGUCAGAGGUUAGCCAAGGGACACACGUCGGUCUCAUACCGUAAUGUGUCCUGAUGUGCUGUGUUAGUUAUGUCGAUAUGUUUUGGUGCCAUAUAAAUAAUGUGACGAAGUUGUCAUAAAAUUGAACAACUAUUUAGGCAGAGGGACGCGCGUUCUGGAGAACAUUGGAAAUCCUGUGGAUGGACUAUUUGCUAUAGUCUUGAACUGUAACUGGGACUUUACAAGGAAGGCAAUACUGAUCAACACCUGUGUUUGCAGAUCGCAUUGAUUCGGCACCGAUAGUCAGAGAUGCAGACCUUUGUGAAAGGAAAGAGAGUUGGAUACUGGCUCAGUGAGAAGAAAAUUAAAAAACUCAAUUUCCAGACUUUCGUGGACAUGUGCAGGAAACAAGGGAUUGAGAUGAUCCAGCUGGAUCUGACCCAGCCAAUAGAGAAGCAGGGUCCAUUCGAUGUCAUCAUCCAUAAGCUGACUGACCACAUUGUUGAUGCUGACCAGAAUGUCACAGAGUCCCGACUACUCAUACAAGGUGUUCAGGACUACAUAGACACUCACCCUGAAACCGUAAUUCUGGAUCCUCUUCCGGCCAUACGUACCCUGCUGGACAGAUGCAAGUCAUACAAGCUAAUCCAUAAAAUUGAAGACUCCAUGCAAGAUGACAGGAUCUGCUCUCCUCCCUUCAUGGUGCUCAAGAGUGAAUGUAGAGCAGAGACCCUGGAGCAGCUUCCCAAAGAUGGAAUAACAUUUCCUUUCAUUUGCAAAACUCAAGUAGCUCAUGGCAUCAACUCCCAUGAGAUGGCCAUCAUCUUUAGUGAAGAAGAUCUGAAAGACAUCAAGCCACCAUGUGUAAUCCAGAGCUUCAUCAACCAUAAUGCAGUGCUGUAUAAGGUGUUUGUAGUGGGAGAGGCUUACAGCGUGGUACAGCGGCCGUCCAUUAGAAAUUUUCCUUCUGGACCCACAGACAGGAGAUCUAUAUCCUUUAACAGUCACCAUGUGUCCAAACCAGAGUCGUCUUCUCAUCUGACCUAUAGGGACAACAUGGAGGGUCAGUACUGGGAACCGAACAAUGACGUCAUUCAAAAAAUCUCCAAAAGGUUACGAGAGGCUCUCGGCAUUUCUCUGUUUGGGAUUGACAUCAUUAUCAACAACCAGACGGGCCAGCACGCCGUCAUCGAUAUCAAUGCUUUUCCUGGUUAUGAGGGAGUCCCGGAGUUUUUUGAUGACUUGCUGAAGCACAUCACCAGCGUCCUGCAGGGUCAGGUGUCUAAGGGAGCGUCAUGCGGUCAUCCGAAAGCGAACGGAAUAACACAGAAUCCAUCCGUGGCCAGUGGGAAGCCCUGCGGCAUGCUGGGAAAUGAAAGCAAUUGCUGGUUGAUGGACAGCGAGGGAAUUAAAAGAGACUCCCAAAAGGGACUGAAUUGCUGCGGGGCUUGCAUGGCUCCAAAGUUUCACCAGCACGCUAGAUCCAGUUUAUCAGCAGCUGAGACUUCAUCACAGUGACACUGUGGCCCUAACAGAUUAUAUCAUUACCAUACAAACCCUCAUUUAAUGAUGUUGCUUUAUCAAUGUGAUUAAAUGUGUUGUGAUUGUUUAAUUUAAUUUUGAGUUGUUUAAUUUAAAUGAAUGUUUGAAGGAAAAAUCUGAUUUUGGAAAUAUACAUUAUAUAGCCAAACGUAUUGGGACGCUCCCUUCUAAUAAACAUGUUUCAUCUAUUCUAGUAAUUCAUAUCAAAACAAAUAUUAAUGCUAUACAAGUUUUGGAAGGGCCUAUGUCUGUUUUGAAAUGACUGUAAGUCUGUCUACAAGUCAUUGAUGCGUUUGAGUCAAACCCUGCAAGUCAUACCAAAGGUGUUCAGCAGGGUUUAGGUCUGGGACCAGUCAAGUUCUUCCACACCAGAUUGAAUCAAUCAUUUCUUUUUUUAACCUUAGUUUAUGCAUGGGACAUUGUCAUGUUGGAAUAAGAAAGGACCAUUCUCAAACUGCUCCCAAACAGCAGACGAGUGUGCCAGAUCUGCACCAGACCCGCACCAGGGGCCUCAUUUAUUAAAUGCUGCGUAGAAACCAUCCUACAUUUGAUCUUAUGAUCAUUUAUAAAAAAUGCGUAUGUAUGAUUCAUAAAUCAACCCCUUUCUUUCAUAUGUAAAUGUAUAAAUCGCAAAUGAUCUUGGACCUAUAUAAAAUCUUGACAUAUAAAAGAACACUUGUCAAUGUUUAAACCCAAUUUCGUGCAGCAAGAAUGGCUUAUAUUUCCAAAAACCUGCCGCAAUCAGACAAGCAAAAUUGCGUACGUCUGCUCAGACCCUAAAGUACAAGCACUUUUUAUAAAUAUGGACUUUGCCGUGGAUUUUUUGCGAAUGCACACUUUACGAUCAAAUCUCUGCAUACGCACGCUUUAUAAAUGAGGCGCCACAGCUGAUGACUUUGGUGCGGAUCCGGCCCAGAGUCGUCUGCUGUCUGUGAUAACAUUUCAAAACACACACAUUUCUAGAAUAUCAUUAUAUGCUGUAGCAUUGAGAUUUGUGUUCAAUGAAAUGACUAGAGUAGUCAAACCUGGUCAUUAGAAGGGGGCAUCCCAUACUUUUGUCCAUAUAUGUUAUUUUUUAUAAACGAUUUGCACUGAAUUUUAUUUACAGAAAAUAUGAAUUGAAAAUCUUAGUAAUAUUAGUAGUACAUUAAUGAGAUACAUAACUUGAAAGGAAAGUGUCAUGCUUUGUUACUGUUAGAUGCUGCACUUUUAAGGACAUUAGUGCCUUAUCAACAUUAAUGCUUCUAAAAAGUAUGAUAAACUUGGCCAAAAAACCUCUUGACCAGAACACCUUUAAUGCAGUUUCAAGCAAACUGGUCACAUUUAUUCUCAAAAACUGAAUCUGGAGCUGUGUUUACUUUUCAGAAACAUGUAACACAGAUUGUAGAGUGAUGUUUAAUAGAGUAGGCCUAACCAUUUCAUAUCUGAAGGAACCUGUUGAUUUUUAUGUAGUUGUAUUUCUUGUAAACACUCUUCUUCAUUAUGUGUUAAAGUUGCUGUUUUAACACAGUUUGUGUUAAAGGGAAACCCUUCAUGUUCUGUCUCUGCAUGGUGACGUUCAUACGCAUGCAUUUUUAUAAUCUUUCUUUUUUGGAACACAAGCAAAACUGACACAAGAAAAAUUAUUUAUAUGUACAAUGAAUAUGAAUGAGACAGUCAGUCACUAACUUUCUUCCUAAUAGAAGAAAGCCCACAGAAGAAAGUCAUGUAGAUUUAAACAACGUAUGUGUGAGUGAAUGACAGUUGUUAUAUUUGUACAUGAUGUAUAAUUUGUAUAUACGUUGAUUUUUUUUCUUUUCGGGCCAGAAAAAGCCCAUUAAAUUAUAUAAAGCCAUGAACCAGACAUUAAAAGCUCUCUGAUGUUGGAAAUUA